AUGAAAGGACAAGGGAUUAUAUGUCUGAAUGGAUUUGUAUCAGCAAGUGUUAAUCCAAAUGUUGCUGAUAUGUUUAAUCAUAAAGAUGGUAGUGCAUCGACAAAUUCAAAUUAUGAACGUAUUCUAUUUCUAUUAAAUAUAGCUAAUGAUAAGAAUCAAACAACCAAACCAUAUGCUUGCCUAGAUACUGUAACGAAAUCUAUUAAAGAAGAUGAAAAAAGUGACAUGUGGCUUGUAGAAUUAGAUUUAAUUAAUGAAGAGAAUAAUGAAUGUUGUAUAGGUAUAAAACAAUAUUUGAAGGAAAAAUUUGAAGAUAAAACAACAAUAAAUACAUUAGGAAAUUUUUUAAGUGAAAUAGAUGAAUAUGAAAAAGCCGACAGAUAUUAUCAUGUACUAUUGGAAGAACUUCCACUAAAUCACGAUGAUAGAAGUGCAAUAUAUAUGAAUAUUGGCUUACUUUAUUAUAAAUAG